GAAAAAUUCCGUAAAGCUGUAUGGGCAGUAAGGUACAAGGUUGGUGCAGCAGCUGGAUCACAACAAUGGCAUCACCAUUACUAAUUUCUACUUCGUAUAUUUCUACUUUGUGUGCUGGGAUAAGAUCUUUCGGAUCGUUCUCAAGACAUUUGCCAUGGACUCGAACAUUGAAGGUCAUGGAACAUCCUGCAAGACUGACUGUGGGGAGAAUUCGAACCUUAUCUUCAAACAUUGAGUUCUCUGAGAGUGCUGAAUCUGACACUAAAUUUGUAGACAGCUCCAAGUACGAGCACCUCAUUAUCACCCGUCAGCAUGGAGUUCGAACCAUUACAUUUAACAGACCGGACAAGAAAAAUGCACUAAAUGAGAAGAUGUUUGAUGAAGUUGUGGGUGCCCUGCAGGAUGCUGCCAGUGACCCUAUACCAUCAUCACAGCUACUACAGGAGCUGGUUUAUGUUUACUGUGCUGGUAAUGAUAAAGUUACAGCAAGAGAAGCACUGAAGCUUGGCUUGGUGACAGAAGUGAUCCCAGAUGCAAACUUUCCUGAGGAUGUGUGGCCCAAAAUUUAUGAUAUGGCCAAACUACCGCUUAACUCCCUAGUGUAUUCCAAGGCUCUUAUGCGUAAUAUACACAAGGAUAUUCUUCAUCAGUGCCCAGCUUCAAGGGAUGUGUUGAAGAUUGUGGUUAGGGGCACGCACAGCAUCUCUGCUCCUUCUCUAAGGACCCACGAGGAGAUGUUGUCCGGUCCUAUCGCCUUUGAGGUUACAGCAAGAGAAGCACUGAAGCUUGGCUUGGUGACAGAAGUGAUCCCAGAUGCAAACUUUCCUGAGGAUGUGUGGCCCAAAAUUUAUGAUAUGGCCAAACUACCGCUUAACUCCCUAGUGUAUUCCAAGGCUCUUAUGCGUAAUAUACACAAGGAUAUUCUUCAUCAGGUGAAUAUUGAGGAAUGUAAGAGAGUGGCAGAACGUUUAAUAGCAGCAUAUCAACCUGGCAGAGAGGACUACCAAGAAUUUGUUGACAACAAUUGGUAGUAACCAAAUAUAAAGUUACUGCAUGAUAAGAUGGAUUAACAUGCACAGGUGAAGCAUUACAAGUGUAUGACCAUCCUGUACAUAAAUUGUGAGAAUUAGGAAA